CAAGCAACCACUUGCAACGUUCUUUGUGCUCCCUCAAAACAAUAUCAGACACCAUGGGUCGCUUGGCAGAAAUGCAGAGGAAGCUUCUAGAGCAAAUGAUGGGUCCUGAGGCGAUGGGGGUCGCCAAUGCCAAUCUGACAUGGUCAGACGAGAAAGUCUGCAGGAAUUUCCUUUGUGGCACUUGCCCUCAUACCCUGUUUACCAAUACCAAAAUGGAUCUCGGUGCUUGCCCCAAAUCGCAUACGGAGAGAUUGAAGACAGAAUUUUUGCAAGCCAGAGAAGCCAAUCCAAAUGAUCCUAUAUUUGCCCGCUUCCAGAUGGAAUACGAGUCGAACAUCUUCGCCUUCGUCGAUGAAUGUGAUAGAAGAAUCCGAGCGGCACACAGAAGGUUGGAGAAAACGCCUGAGGAGAAUGCAAAGACCACCAACCUAAUGAGAGAAAUUGCCGAGAUUGAGUUGGCCAUUCAAGGCGGAACGGAGAAGAUCGAGACACUAGGUGAACAAGGUAAAGUUGAGGAGUCUAUGAGGGAAAUGGCUGCGAUUGAAGCCCUCAAAAGUGAAAAGGCGGACAAGGAGCGUGAAUUGCAACAAUUGACGGAUACGUCUGGAGCAUCAGGCCACCAGAAGCUGCGUGUCUGCGAUGUCUGCGGUGCAUAUUUGUCCGUUCUCGACUCCGAUCGUCGUCUUGCCGAUCAUUUCGGUGGAAAGAUGCAUCUUGGUUAUCACGAGCUUCGUAAUAUGUUAGUGAAGUUCAAGGAAGAGCGCGAAAAGCGCAAGAUGGCUCCACCGUCUUCCUUGCCUGGGGGGUCACCUUCGGGCGCUGCGAGCGGUGGCGUCCCUCCAGCAUCAAGUGGUGUGCCACCUCGUGGUAGUGAUCGUGACUUCCGCCGAGAUGACUAUCGCGAUCGGGACCGUGGUUAUGAGAGACAUCCCUCUCGCUACGAGUGAGUAAAACCCGUAUCACUGUCAGCCGUUGACAUUCAAUAUUCAUCUCUUGCACUGCAGUGAGCGAAGAAGGGACCGGUCGAGGUCUCCAGCUGGGCGUCGG